GAAAAACAAGAGGUUGCAUUUGGCUGGCCCAUGUUUCAGAUGAAGAGCUGGAAGACAACCCCAACCAGAGUGACCUGAUCGAGCAGGCAGCUGAGAUGCUUUAUGGAUUGAUCCACGCUCGCUAUAUCCUCACCAACCGUGGCAUCGCCCAGAUGUUGGAAAAGUACCAGCAGGGAGACUUUGGCUACUGUCCCCGUGUGUACUGUGAGAACCAGCCAAUGCUUCCCAUCGGCCUUUCAGACAUCCCAGGCGAAGCCAUGGUGAAGCUCUACUGCCCCAAGUGCAUGGAUGUGUACACACCCAAGUCCUCAAGGCACCAUCAUACAGAUGGCGCCUAUUUCGGCACUGGUUUCCCGCAUAUGCUCUUCAUGGUGCAUCCCGAGUACCGGCCCAAGCGACCUGCCAACCAGUUUGUGCCCAGGCUCUAUGGUUUCAAGAUCCAUCCAAUGGCUUACCAGCUGCAGCUCCAAGCCGCCAGCAACUUCAAGAGCCCGGUCAAGACAAUUCGCUGAUUCCCUACCCCACCUGCCCUUCACUCUUCGACACCGCCUUUCCUUUGCUGCCACCCUUUCAGGAGCCCUCUCUGGUUUUUAGUUUAAAUUAAAGGAGUCAUUAUUGUGGUGGGAAUAUGAAAUAAAGUGGAAGAAAAGGCCA